CUGUCAAACAGUCGCCUACUAAUUUACGCUACUUUACAGUGACGAAAAUUAAAUAAAUUUUCCUUGGAAAUCUUAUUGGAAACUUCAUUUGUCCUCAGUCAUCAAAUCAGGCACAAAUGACGAACCAGGCGUCACCGGUUGAGGAGCAGGAGAAACUACUGGAUGAAGCCUUGAAUGUAGUCAAAGUGCAGGCAUUUCAAAUGAAGAGAUGCCUGGACAAAUCCAAGCUGAUGGAUGCCUUGAAGCAUGCCUCCACUAUGCUGGGAGAGUUGAGGACUUCACUACUAUCACCUAAGAGCUAUUAUGAGCUAUAUAUGGCAAUAACAGAUGAGCUUCGUCACCUAGAGCUGUACCUUCUCGAGGAGUUCCAGAAAGGUCGCAAGGUCGCCGACCUGUAUGAACUUGUGCAGUAUGCUGGGAACAUCGUGCCACGACUGUACCUGCUCAUCACCGUUGGACUGGUGUAUAUCAAGACUAAUUCUAAUUUGAGAAGGGAUUUGCUUAAGGACCUGGUAGAGAUGUGCAGAGGAGUCCAGCACCCGCUCCGAGGUCUGUUCCUGAGGAACUACCUGCUGCAGUGCACCAGGAACGUACUGCCUGAUACUGCUGAGGCACAGAACGAGAAUGAGGGUGUUGUAAAAGAUGCUAUUGACUUUGUGCUGAUGAACUUCGCUGAGAUGAACAAGCUGUGGGUCAGGAUGCAACAUCAGGGACAUUCCAGAGACAAGGAACGCCGUGAACGUGAAAGAUCAGAGCUUCGCAUCCUAGUAGGCACCAACCUGGUCCGCCUGUCCCAGCUGGAGUCCGUGACGGUGGAGGACUACGGCAGGCUCGUGCUGCCCGGGAUACUGGAGCAGGUCGUCAGCUGCAGGGACGCCAUCGCGCAGGAGUAUCUCAUGGAGUGUAUCAUACAGGUAUUCCCUGACGAGUUCCACCUAGCGAAUCUGCAGCCGUUCCUGAAGUCGUGCGCGGAACUCCAGCCAGGAGUCAACAUCAAGAACAUCAUCAUCGCACUCAUUGAGAGACUCGCUACUUAUAGUCAGAGAAACGAAGGCAAUAUAAACUUAAGCGUAGUUCUAGAAGACGGGAAAGAACAAGAGGUUCAGCUCUUUGAGGUGUUCUCAGACCAAGUGGCUGCUAUCACACAGAGUCGCACGGACAUGCCCCCAGAAGACAUGUUGUCCCUGCAGUUGGCACUACUGAAACUGGCGCAGCGCUGCCACCCCGACAAACUGAACUACGUCGACAGAGUACUCGCUCACACCGACAAGAUCUGUGCCGACAUACACCAAGCUAGCGGCAAAACCCAUUUAGAACACAAUACAGCCGUCUUCAAGGAACUGAUGAAGAUCCUCAAGCUUCCAGCAGACCAUUACAAGAACAUAUUAACUCUGAUCAAGCUGCAGAACUAUUCACCUCUGAUCAGACAUCUGAACCAUCCUGGGAGGAUCAUGAUAGCGGUGCAUUUGAUCAAUGAUGUGUUGGAAACUGAUUGUUUGAUAUCUACCCCGGAGGAUGUCGAGUCAGUGUUGUCGAUGUUAGACGUCUUAGUAAAGGAUCAGCCAGACCAACCCACUGCCGAGCCAGACGUCGAGGACUUCAUGGAGGAACAGGGACUACUGGCCAGACUAAUCCACCACUUCAAAUCCGACUCUGCGGACCGUCAGUACCUGAUCCUGUCGGCGGCGCGCAAGGCGCUGCAGGCAGGCGGCGCCGCGCGCAUACAACAUACAUUCCCACCCAUCGUCUUCCAUGCAUACAGACUCGCGCAUACAUAUAAACAGCUUAGAGAGACGGACGACAUGUGGGAGAAGAAGUGUCAGAAGAUAUUCCAGUUCUGCCACCAGACUAUCACCAUGCUGGUCAAGGCGGAGCUAGCUGAACUGCCACUCAGGCUAUACCUCCAAGGCGCCCUGGCUAUAAGUGAAAUAGGGUUCGCGAACCAUGAAACGAUAGCCUAUGAGUUUCUAUCGCAAGCAUUCUCCCUAUACGAGGACGAGAUCUCUGACAGCAAGGCUCAGCUAGCGGCUAUUACUCUGAUUAUCGCCACUUUUGAACAAAUUAAUUGUUUUGGCGCCGAGAACGCGGAACCGAUGCGUACCCAGUGCGCGCUGGCGGCGAGCAAGUUACUGAAGAAGCCCGACCAGAGCCGCGCCGUCGCACUCUGCGCACAUCUCUUCUGGAAGGCGCCUAAAGAUGGCAAGCAGUGGCCGCUGAACGACGCGUCCCGCGGCCUGGACUGCCUGAAGAAGGCGGCGCGCGUGGCGCAGCAGUGCAUGGACGGCGGCGUGCAGGCGCAGCUCCUGGCCGAGCUGCUCGGCCGGUACGCGCUGCUCAGGGAGAGGGGGAACGCUUGUCUCACCACUACGCUUAUUGAUGCGGUAAUUCAGAAAAUCCGCGAGGAGCUAGCGAACCUGGACCAGUCUGAGGAGGUGGAGCAGAUAACGAAACACUUCCACAACACGCUGCAGCAUCUCAAGAAUCGGAUGGAGUGCCCCGACCCUGACGGACUCGGGUACGAGGGACUUACACUCUCCUAAUGUAAUUAGAAAGUCGUGUUUAACAUUAAUUAUUAUGCUUUCUGCUCACUCACGUAACUGUACUAACUGACGAGGAACUCGACUAGUUUCAAGACAUUAUAUAGGCUUAUAUUCAUGAGGAGCAUUCCGCGAUAAAGACACGGCGACUGUCGCUGCUACUUCCUCGUCAAUCAGUUACAUAACGUCGAAAACGUAAUAAUUAAUUUAGUUAUAAUAUAAAAAUCAUAAUUCACAUUUUGCAAGCAUUUUUUGUGAUUACAAUAUUCGAGUCGAUUUGUGUGCGAACCCUUUGAAUGCCAUUGACCACUACUAAAGUUAUACAUAUACAUUAAAACUAUGUCGACCUGCGGCUGCGGCGCCCUCAUUGAUUUUCCUGACUAAAUAGGUCAGUUAAGUAUCUACAUUUUAACUAAUUAACUAAACAAUAGUUGAUUAGUUCGUUCGAAAAUGCGUUUCACGUUAAGCGUGAAGUAGUACCUCUAACAUCGCUAGCGUGCAAAACGUUAUCAAUUAGAUAAAAUCAGACAUCCUAGAUGACAAAUUUUUAUAUUAAUGUCCGUCUGGUAGAUUAUUUUAAAAACAUUAGACACGUAUUUUUUUUUAC